AUGAUAGAAAAAGAAGAAAUGGAAAAAAGAGAAAGAAAAUUAAAAGAAGAAAGAUUAAAGCAAAUUCAAUUAGAAGAAAGAAAAAAGGAGUUGAUGCAAAAACAAGAGGAACAGCAGAGACAAGAGAAGCUGAAAAAGCAAGAACAGAUAUUAAGAGAUGCCUUACUUCGUAGUAUGAAAGCAAGAGAAGAAAAACAAACAGAAGAAUUAAGGGAAAAAUUGAGAAGAGAACUAGCUGGAAAGAAUGUCUUAAAAAGUGUUCUUGUAGCAGUUCAACCAAAAAUGCAGCCUGUUGUAUCAAGCACAAAUUCUAAAAACGAGAAAGAAAAACUUCAUAGGUGACAGGCUGUUUUUUAGUUUUAUUAGAAAAUU